GUUUCUUUUUGGGUCACAGGAUUGAGCCAAUGAUAUCAUGGGAAACUGUGCAGACUGUGCCAAGUGUUCUUCUGAAAUUCAGAGAUCUUUUCUACUUGAUUCUUCUUCCUUUCAAUGAUCUUUUCUCGAAAUACAAGCUCACCUGUUCAUUCCUUCAGUCUGAACGUUAGUUCAGGCGGCCACGAUAAACCAGUGGCAUUCGGACCUGGUUCGGCAUUGAAUGGCUCUGUGAUGUUAACCUUGGAUAAACCCGCGGAAAUUUACAAUAUUCGUGUUGUCUUUAAAUGUGAAGAACAAGAUACAAAUAAGCAAAGCACCAUCAUCUUUUGUGUAGAAUCCACUGUGUGGGGCAAGCCACGCUCAGUGGGCCAAACUCGUCAACUGACAGCCGGAAGCCACAUGUAUCUAUUUGCGAUCAAAUUACCGCAUGUGAACUAUCCCCCUUCGAUGCGUGAUACAUACAUCGGACAUCGUGUCGAAUAUAGUCUGCAAGCGUUCUUGGAACUGCAUAAUGAUGCGCAGAGUUGCAUCGAGACAUUAGCUGUGCCGAUUAUGUACCUGCCGUUAGUGACAUGCAACCUGCCAGGUCGACAUCCAGAAUCCAAGAAAACGCAGACCUUUAGACGGGGCGAUGCAGUGAUUGAAGUGAAUGCAGAACUCAUCAAACCCGCUUAUUGUCCAGGGGACCUCUGCACCAUUAAGCUAACGGUGAACAACCAUUCCGACUGCAAGAUCAAUAACGUGCAAAUUUCAUUGGUUUCCACGGCAACGAGUCAUUCGCUGUCGACCACAGAAACAAAUCGAUCAGAAACGCCCAUUUUAGGAAUUAACCACUAUGACUCCAAGCGCCAUACUGUGUAUUCGGAAAACGUGUUCACCUCAAUACCAAAGUAUGCCAAGAACCACCAAUCGAUCCUUCAAUUCCGAAUCCCACCUCACUGCAUCCCAACCACACAUAACUAUGUUGGCAAAUAUCUGGAUAUAUCCUACGAAGUGGUGCUGAGUAUGCCUAUCAUGGGCGGCUCCGUCGGUCAAGUGCCUGGCAGCAGCAGUGUGUGGUCCUUCCCGUUCGGUACACAGUCUUCCUCGAUGAACGCAUUCGUCAAUACAAUUCAACUACCGAUGAUCAUCGCAACAGUACCCAUGAGUUAUCCGUUACCACCCCAGUUACAGAUUCCAGUUCAAGUGCAAGGUGAUGCGAUCGAAAUACCAUCGUUUAUCCCCAACAUCGAAUCGCCACUACCGAGCCCGUCGAAUACAUCGUUCAAUGAGAACCAAUGGCAUCAUGAGCGCCCAUCCGUUUCGCCAUCCAGUUCGAUCAAUAUGAGCUGGGAAGAUGAUCCCAUGGAUGAUGGUGAAGGCUAUGUGACGAAAUUUGAGAGUCAGCAGGACGCAUCUGGUCAUCUUAUGGUGCCUACAUUGGGUGAUGGUGCGCCUUAUUCUCGACGCAAGUCCAGCAGUUCGUCUACUUCUGGUCUAUCCAACAGUCCCUCGAUCAGCUCGGCAUCGAACCAAGUAGCUGUGCAAUGAUUUCAAUAUGUUAUUUCGAUGUGAAAAGUAAAAACCAAAGUUAUUCGAUGGCAUCUUGAUGUAAUGCUUGCAAAGGACUUUUCAGAAUACCGUGCAUAUACCCCUAUAAGGAACGUCGAGAAAGGAGAAAGCAGGGUAACGGACGCCAUCUUUAACUGAAUAGCUUCUUUCCUAUUUAUUUGUUUCUAUGCUUGGGUAUGAACAGCAGCCAUAUUUAUAAAGAUUACGUAAAAGAACUCAAAAUGGUGCUCACUCGUUUGCAAGUGUUCGUCUGCAUAGUGCAGUUCAUUUACAAUAACGCCGAGUUGUUGACAUUAUGUUCCGCUGUCGCUGGGAUAUAUAGUUAAUGUAGAACUUGGACAAAAUAAAAGGGAAUAUUGUUAGUUGCGAGAAGCGACUUUGUUGUCAGCAGAGCAUCACUGAGAUUACAUGACUGGCCAGUCAACUAUGUUAAAUAACAGUGCCCAAUG